GCAAGGGGUGGAAGAUGGGACACAAAUGACUCCAGUUCGCUUUACACGCAGAGGGGCGGACGGCGCACGGACCCCGCCUUCCCCAACUGAGUGUGGGUUCCAGGCACUGGGGAGGACCUGUUGGCCCCCUGACCUUGGACGAGCCAUAUUGGAUACCCUGGCGCUGUCCCGCCUUCCACGCCGCCAACUCCGCCGCUCUCGCCGUGAAGCGCGGCCUCGGAGCCACCACGGCGGCCGCAGCCAGCCGCGGGCGCAGCCGCAGGGGAAUAAUCCCAACAUCUGCCCGAUUUAUUUUCUUCCCUCUCCCUAUGUUUGGACGUGUUUCUCUCCCUGCUCUGUUUUUCCUUCACACUAAUUCGCAACCUGGCAGUUUGCAAAAAGGAAACUCCCCUUCGGCAUGGAAAGCCGCUUUUGCUUCUUGUUGUCGGGGGAAACCAUUCCAGCAAGAAUGAGUUCAAAAAGAGGGGAAACCGUGUCGCUGGAGAGAAAGUAACAUUCAGAGAUCGACGAGGACAGAGGGAGGGGGAGAGGGAGAGAGGAAUGUCUGCAACAGGCAUCUAAAAACAAGUGUGGAGGAGCAGAGAUUCCCCAUUCCCAGGUUACUACCGCGCGCGUUCUGCGCGAGCCAUUGCAAUGCCAGGAUUCACUGUAAGCACAAUUUUAAGGCCUUUUAAAUCUUUUUUGGUAAGACUUACCUUUCUCUUCGGCAUAAUGACUAUGUUGGUGAAGCAAAAAGUAAAGCAACCGGCUGGAACUGCUGGCGCCGCCGCUGGAUGCUGCCUGUGCUGCUGCAGCUGCUCACACGCAGGGCACCGCGUAGCCCGGCCUCUUCGACCUGCACCUCCGCGGCUCCCUCCGGGGGCCCUCUGCUCGCCUCCCUGCUGCUCCAAUGAGGAGCCCCGCCAGCCGGCCGCGAGGCCCCAUUGGCCGAGGCAACGUUCUAAAUUCCACGAGGGCACGCCCACCUCCGCGCGCGGUACGCGCUGUUGUAGUUUCCACUUCACCGAAAAAUCUGCCUGGCGACUGAGCAUGCCCAGUUCAACUAGUAGCCCCCAGGCCACACAAUCCUGAAGUUUCAUUGUUUCACUGCUCUCUCUUGGAGAUUGUAAGAGUAAGAACAGUGUGUUCCUUCAUAGGAAGGAAAAAGAGUAACAAUGAACACGUAAACUUUAUAAUGUAAGUAUAUACACAGCAGGUACUUUAUACAUUUCCUACCCAUAAAGACUUUUAAUGAGUGUUACAUGAUGGGGACCUGUAAAGAGUGGGAAGGUACUCUGUUCUGGAAGAGCGUGGCAACCUCUAAACGUCUCCGUUUCCUCCUCUAGAUAUGCAGUGACAACAGUCCCUAAAAUAACUUAGCUCUAAUUUUCUAAAAUCUGUGAUUAUAAAUCACUCACUAAUUCAGCCAACUUCAAACUAGAUGUGAACAGGAAUAGGACAUGUUUAUUAUGUAAAUUAGGAAAAGAAAGAACAAGGUAAAAACUGAUUAUUUUAUAUUUGAAACAUAUUUGAAUCACACCUGUCAUGUUCCACCUUAUGCAUGUUUCUUAACGUUCUGCAAGGCAUAAAAUGAGCGUUGCAAAAAUACUUCUGAAUUCAUUUUAUGAGACCAGAUUUACUCUGCUAUCAAAACCAGUCAAAGACUUCAAAAGAAAAGAGAGUCACAGACCAAUAUGUCUCAUAAAACAGACACAAGAGUCACGAACAAAAUUUUAGUAAAUGAAACUCAACAACAUUUAAAGGGACAAUACAUCAUGACCUGUGGGGCUUAUCUUGGGAAUGCAAAGUUCCUUUUUUAAUAUCUGAGAAUCAAUCAAUAUAAUUUGCAGAAUUAAUAGAAUAAAGCGGGAAACAAUCAUUUUAGCACAUGCAGGAAAAGUGCUACUUGAACAGGUAAGCUAAUUGUGAUGAACACAUAGAGUGGAAUACUACUCAGCAAUAAAAAGGAAUAUAUUUUCCUACAUGGAUGAAUAUCAGAAACAAAACUCUGCAUGAAAGAUGUCAACUACAAAAGAUUACAAUGAAUGACCUCAUUCAUAGGAAAUUAUAGAAAAAGCAAAAUUGGGCAAAGUUAGUUUCAGAAUCAGUAGGCAAAGCUCACAUCUGUCGAAGCCUUUUAUAAAUAUGGCCAAAUCCACUUUGGUAACACAGAGGCUGCAAAUACGUAUUAAAAAUAUCUUCAAAGAAUGAAGUUUAAUAUUUCACUUUUUCUGUAAUAAUUUUCAGAAUAAAUUAAUUGAUCUAGCACACUCCAGAGGUAGUUAAUGACUUUCUUUUUUGGAACAUCUUUAUGAACUCAUGGAUUUUUAUAUAUUUGGUGUGCAUCAGUGUAUUGCUAUCAUUAUUAUUACCUUUUUAAUGCUCAUGUUACCACAUCUUUAACCAAUGCAUGCCACUUCAAAUUAGUGCCUGUGUUCUUUUGAUAGGAUCCCAACUAUUUUUGAUAGAUUCCCUGUUCUUAGACAUUCAGCGAAUGACAAUAGUAUACUCAAACAAACUAAGAUAAAAUCCAGUUGCUUAGAGCUAGAUAAAAGUUUACAGGUUAAUAAUUUUACCAUUAAAAUAAUAUUUAUCAUGAAGAUUUAUUGCAAGAGAUUAGUCUGCCAAGUGCUUGAUUGUUAAAAAAAAGUCAGUGAAAAUAUUUUUAAUAAGAUAUGUGUGAGAAGGAUACUGAGUAGCACUUGCAAUCUGGAUGGCUAUGUUUCUUUAUGGGGAUGGAAAAGUGCCACAUUAAAGGUAGUGC